AUGACGGAGGCGCAUUUCAAGUACCACGGAACUCUCACUGGGUGGACCCAUUUCCCCACCCCAGCAACAGAGGUUAACACCACUUUAGAUAAGUAUUCCAACCUGUAUAUAUAUGUGGGCUUAUUCCUGAGCCUCCUGGCCAUUCUCCUCCUCCUGCUCUUCAUAAUGCUCCUUCGACUCAAACACGUCAUUUCACCCAUCAACUCUGAGAGCACAGAAAGUGUUCCUGAAUUCACAGAUAUAGAGAUGCAGAGUCGAAUCCCUUCUUACUGAAGCUAGGAUGAAGAGUUUUAGUGGAUCUCAGAAAACCCCUGUAUGUUGAUGUCACGGAAGCUUACUUUGUUGCAUGUAGUUUCCCAUGUAGGGAAUCCACAAGGUCUUCAUUUAACAAAAAGUUGUUCGUGUUUUCUUUGUUAUUCUUUAUCUUGACUCUGUUUGUGGGAUAACUAAGGUUCAAUACUCGUUCUUUGCCAGGUAUAUAAAAAAAUGGCAGCUGGUGGGAGGGCAGGUUUCUAUAGUAACCAAAGACAGCCAGGGCCUUGAGCAAACCUCAGACCACAG